UUGCCUUUCCCGAGACUAAGAAGAGGCAAGUACCAGAAACACUUCUCCCCUUUCGACCUUCACUCUUCUUCGACCACAAACGCUCUCCCCCGAUCCUCACCUCCCUUACCAUUGACGCAUACCCAAACCCUCCUAUCUCGACCAAAGAACUCCUCCUCCACCAUGCCUUCCAAAACCCAACUCGAACGCGAAGACAAGGAGCGUGAUGCCGCUUUCAAGCAAGCCCUCCAUGGCAAGACCGCCCAAGGUCAAGGAGGCCUCAUCGCGGCUAUGGGCAAAGACCGUGACGCGCAGAAACUCGCCGUGGAUUCCUACUUCAAGCACUGGGACAACAAAGCGGCCGGCACGGAAACCGAAGAGACUCGCAAGGAGCGCCGCGACGAGUACGCCACGCUUACUAGGCAUUACUACAACCUCGCAACCGACCUGUACGAGUAUGGCUGGGCGCAGAGCUUCCACUUCUGCCGUUUCAGCAAGGGCGAGGCCUUCAAGCAGGCAUUGGCCAGGCACGAGCACUACCUCGCAUUGAAGAUGAACUUGCAGGAGGGCAUGAAGGUGUUGGAUGUGGGAUGUGGUGUUGGCGGACCCGCGAGGGAGAUUGCCAAGUUCAGCGGCGUGAACAUUACGGGAUUGAACAACAACGACUACCAAAUCGAGCGUGCGACGAAAUAUGCGCAAAAGGAGGGUCUCAGCCAUCAGCUGAACUAUGUCAAGGGUGACUUCAUGCAGAUGAGCUUUGCGGACAACAGUUUCGACGCGGUUUACGCGAUCGAGGCGACGGUGCACGCUCCUUCGUUGGAGGGCAUCUACUCGGAAAUCUUCCGCGUGUUGAAGCCGGGUGGUGUGUUCGGUGUGUACGAGUGGUUGAUGAAGGACGCCUACGACAACGACAAUCCCCGUCAUCGCGAGAUCCGCUUGGGAAUCGAGGAGGGUGAUGGUAUCUCCAACAUGGAGAAGAUCGACGUGGCUCUGGCCGCGAUGAAGGCUGCCGGCUUCGAGAUGGAGUUGCACGAGGAUUUGGCGGACCGUCCAGAUGAGCUGCCGUGGUACUUCCCCAUCUCUGGCGAACUGAAGUACAUGCAGAGCAUCUGGGAUCUGCCCACGCUUCUCCGCAUGACCCACAUUGGACGCGGAACUGUUCACAGACUGGUCGGAGGUCUGGAGAUGGUCGGACUUGCGCCCAGGGGUACUCAGAAGACGGCCGAUUCGCUGGCCAAGGCAGCAGAUUGCUUGGUCGCUGGUGCGAAGGAGAAGCUGUUCACGCCCAUGUACUUGAUGGUGGCCAGGAAGCCAGAGUCGUCCAAGAAGUAA